AUGGUUCGCUAUGUCCACACGUACGGCAGACAGCAUGGAAUUAUCAUGGAUGCUGCAAACCAGCAUAUUCGACUUGAGCAGGCUAUCAAUCACGAAUUUGGGGAGCAUGCUCAGUGCCACGGGAUCUGCUAUCACCAGAAUCGCAUUCGACGUCACCCAUCCUGGCUCCGAAAGGAACUCGUUUAUGCAUGUGCAGGGGAGAAGGGCAUCAAUCUUUUGAACGAGGUGUGGUACAAUACAUGGAUAUUCCGCAUCAAUCUGAGAAUUGAGGACAAUUUGGAUGAACGAAACAUACGGGAGCGGCUAGGGCGACAUAUGAAGGUGGAGAGGAUCCAAAUUACAGAACGGGGUUCCAAUGAAAUUACAAAGCGUAUGCGCCAUUUGAGAGACGAGAUCUCAUGGUCAGCUGAUAGGCCGAUAAAGAUGAUAGAUACAGACGAUCGUCGAUACUUCGGGAGACGAUUCGAUAUUGGAAGGGACAUCUGA